AUGAGGGAAUAUGAUGAUGAAGUCUCUGAACGAAAUUAUAAACUCAUAAGGUUCAGGAAUUCCGACGGGGAAAUGCGAUGGUAUUGGCCCAAGAUGAAAGAAGACACGGAAGAAUCGAGAACAAUCAAAGAUGUCUUUAUUCCAAUAAUGUUGAAAAAGAUGAGGGCUGAGGGCCCGACUGUGGAUCAAAAGGUUCUCAAGAAGAAGAAUGCAAAGAGCAAGAAGAAGAAUGUGAUGGUGCUGGUUGACUGCGAGAGCUUCAUGUUCAAACUCAAAAAUCCUAAAUCUCAAAAAGGUCUCGUGACACAGCAACUCCAGGUCUUGAAGAAAGGCGAGGUGAUGGAAGUGGGAUUGGAAUUCAGAAAUCCGGAUGAGGAUAAAAAACACUUGCCAGGCUCUUAUCAUUUCGAAAAUGCACAAGGGCGAAUCAUAAUCUUUCAUGCUGACAUCGAUUCCUUUAUUUUGGUCAGAAGAAGUUGUGAUUAUGAAUUAUAUGACCGAGAAAAAGCACCCCCUCAUUAUCUCAUGAAGUUCUAUGGUUUCGAACAUGUAAGUAACCUGGCUUUGCUAACGGUGAAAGAAGACACGGAACAGUCGAAAAAGAUCAAAGAUGUUUUCUGUCCAAUAAUGUUAAAUAAGAGGAGGAAGGCUGCGAGUGUGAAUCAAAGGUUCUCGAAAAGAGAAAUGCAAAGAGCGAGAAGAAGAAGUGCUGUACUAUUAUUUAGAACUCUCCAGAAUAAAGCAUUUUUCAUUGAUCUACUAUUCCAACAAUUCAAUCAAUCAUUAUUGUUCAUCAGUUCAUCCUCGGAACAACAUUCUCAACAUCGAUCAACACUAGCAAUGUCAACUUCUUCUGAGCCAAAGGAGUUCUACCUCGAAAUAACGCCUAACAAUUUUGAAGAAAUCACACCUGAAAACAUGAAAUUUCGUGUAAAAAAUGUGAAAGAUGAGAUUGUGAUGGUGUUGGUUGACUGCGAGAGCUUUAUGUUCAGAAUUAAGGAUCCUAAAUUUCGAGACGUUCUCAUCACACAGAAGUUCGAGUACUUGAAAAAGGGUGACGAGAUUGAAGUGGAAUUGGAAUUCAGAAAUCCGGAUGAGGAUAAGAAGCACUUGCCAGGAAUGUAUAGUCCUGAGAAUGCAGAAGGGAAAAUGACAAUCUCCCAUGCUCAAACUAACCGCACUAUAAUCGUCAAAAAUGAUACGCAUUGUUAUGAUGAUAAAAUUUAUGACCCAAAAGAGGCAUCUCCAUCUGAUCUCAUAAAGUUUUAUGAGCACCAGGAAGUAAGUCGACAGUUUUCGCUUAAGAUGAAAGAAGACACGGAAGAGUCAAGAAAAAUCAAAGCUAUCUUCAUUCCAAUAAUGUUGGAAAAUAUGAGGGCUAAGGGCCCGACUGUGGAUCAAAAGGUUCUCGAGAAGAAGAAUGCAAAGAGCAAGAAGAAGAAGUGCUGUACUAUUCUUUAG